AGUCCUACUCUGUGGCGGGCAGCAGCGGCAGUAUCACUCCAUCAGGGGGCCCGGUGCCCCUGCAGGCCUCCGGCAGCUCCAGCCCCUGCUCACACUCCCCGUCUGCAGCAUCUCGGUACCCUGUCAGCGCCCUGAAGAAAUGGCUCACCAAUCCCGUCCGCAAGCUGAGCUCUGAUGCCAGAGCAGGAGCGGGGAAAGUUGAGAAGCAGAUGUUCAGGUCAGACAGCCGGCCGCCGCAGUCGCUGCUUUCCCACAGUGAAGCUCAGCAGAGGCCUCUGCAACCGCACGACAGCUACACCAUCCUCCCGUCUGCAGACACACUGGUGUGGAAAGAUGGCCUGUUGAGUCCAGCAGCUCCUUCUCCUGCGGAGCCGCCCUGUCCGAGCUGCCUGUCCGACCUCCUGCAAGGCAGAUACACACAGACUCCAAGUCAAAGAUCCAGCAUGAACUCUCUCCAAGGGGAAGACGGCGGCACUGUGACAGACGACUCGUCCAGCCAGUGGUCGGCUGCAGUGGACAGUGAGGAGGAGAGAAACAUUGCCUUAGAGAAGAGCAUAUAUGUGCUGGCAGAGCUGAUAGAGACAGAAAGGCUGUAUGUGGAAGAUCUCGGGCUCAUCGUGCAGGGCUACAUGGGCAGCAUGUCUAAACAGGGAGUCCCUGAGGAUCUGAAAGGGAAGGAACGGAUUGUGUUUGGAAACAUCCAUCAGAUCUACGAGUGGCAUAAAGAUUAUUUCCUGGGAGAGCUGGAGAAAUGUGUGUGUGAUCCCGACAGCCUGGCCAAGCUCUUCAUCAAACAUGAACGGCGUCUUCACAUGUAUGUGGUUUACUGUCAGAACAAACCCAAAUCAGAGCACGUUGUCUCCGAGUACAUUGAGAACUUCUUUGAGGAUCUCCGGCAGCAGUUGGGUCACAGGCUGCAGCUCAACGAUCUGCUCAUCAAACCCGUUCAGAGGAUCAUGAAGUAUCAGCUACUGCUGAAGGACUUCCUGAAGUACUACAGCAAAGCAGGACGGGAUGUUGAGGAGCUGGAGAGCGCCGUGGAGGUGAUGUGUUUCGUGCCAAAGCGCUGUAAUGAUAUGAUGAACGUUGGCAGGCUCCAAGGUUUUGAGGGGAAGAUCACGGCUCAGGGGAAGCUGCUCCAGCAGGACACGUUCUCUGUCAGCGAGCCGGAGAGCCCCUUCCCGUCCAAAGGGAAGGAGAGGAGGGUCUUCCUGUUUGAGCAGCUGGUCAUCUUCAGUGAGCCCAUCGAUAAGAAAAAGGGCUUGUCUUUGCCUGGGUACACUUUUAAAAACAGCAUCAAGGUCAGCUGUUUGGGCAUAGAGGAUUGCUCUGAUAAUGAUCCGUGCUCCCUGGUGCUGACCUCCCGCGGGACUGAUGGCAGUGUGACGCGCUUCAUCAUGCAGGCAUCAUCUCUGGAAAUAAAGCAAGCUUGGCUCGAUGACGUGGUUCAGAUCUUAGAGACUCAGAGGAACUUCCUUAAUGCCCUUCAGUCUCCAAUCGAGUACCAGCGCAGGGAGAGCAAGUCGAACAGCCUCGGCAGGAACAUGAGGUCUCCGACUGCUUCAGCCCCCGGCCUGCGACCUCACUCCUCUGCGUCCAUGGACCGCCGGCGGCUGCCCUGCCUGCUGACCCACAACACCUCCCUGCCCUCUCUGCACCGCCCCCACCACAGCCCGGCCUCCAAGGUGUUUUCUAGUCCCUGUGCUUCAACCCAUCGAUCAGCUCUCCCUCCUCUUCGCUCCCACCAGCAGCUCAGUUUGUGCACAGAGGUGAGCCUCGACCAUGGGACGUUCAAUGGCCUGACACCCUGCAGCCAGCACAUCAUGCAGGGUGUGACUGCCAGGGUCCAGGCAGCUACAUUAAAUGAGGGUGCUCAACCAAACAACCUGGGUCAGCUGACAGAGAGCGAGCAGUGAUGACCUGCGGUGACACAGACUCACUUCACCUUUCUGGAGCAGGAGCCCCUCGGCUGAGGCAGCAUCGUUGGAUUCACGCUUGUCUCACUGUUUCUCUUCCUCAUAUUUGAUCCCCAAUUACUCUCCGAUUUUUCUUCUCCACCAUGGUUUUGGCUAUCCUGGAUUUCUUCUUCUAUAACACGUUGGUUUGAUCGUGUGUUUACUCUGCAUGGACACACAUGUACAGGCGAUGAUAACAGAUGAGAUGUUAAAAUAUGGUUUUGAAGCAUUACAGAGACUGUAUAUCAUAUUGUCUAUGUAGACAUUUCUAACUUUUUCCAUUGAAAAUUAAUGGGUGGAUUUUUUUGUAAUAUUUUCACAAGGGACCAAUUCCACAAAAUUCCCCCUGAGAGUUUAAAACCCUUAACUCUGUCAUACUCUGCAUCCUGAAGUGACUGAGAGACUGUGGUUUCACUCGGGGGUCUGAAUCAGGUCUGUAUCUCUGUGGUUCCCUGCAGAUUAGCAAAUAGCUGUUUUUUCCCCGUUGGUGGGCUAUUUUAACCCUGCCAUUGUUAAACUGUUAUCUGAACGAAACACAUUUGCAAACUUACACAAAGCACCCGUCCUAAUCGAGCAGAAAGAGGAAAAGGGGAACAAAGAUAAAACAGGUGCUCACCUGUCACUGUCAUCAUGAAUGUAAAUAAUCUCAUGUGGGAUCGUAUCAAUAAAGAGCCUCUGUGCUGUCCCAACACACACAGGG